AUGCGCCGACUUGCACAGGAGACGCGGUCGCGGCGGCCUCUCCGCCUCAUCGUAGCGCUCGUGUGCGCUCGUCGAACACAGGCUUCGCGAAGUCAGACGUCUGACCGUGCGGCGCCGUUCCACAGUCGCCUCGACGAGGAUGAAAUCACAUCCCUCUUUCCAAGUGACCCUGGCGCGCAUGAGGCAAGCAAGCAGCCGCGUCAGCGUCGACGCCGCGGCAACGGUGAGGCAGACACGUUGCUGAACGACAUAUUCACGCUUGGCAAGAUCGUCGCCGACGAGCAGAAGCGGAGUCGCGUGUCCAUCCCCGCUUCGCGGCUGGGGGGCAGUUCCGGCCUGAACACUCGGAGGCCGAGGGGAGCCGCGUCGGGAGACGCCGCAUCGUCUCUACUCUUCGCCGAGGACUCGCUAGAUGCGGAACCGCUUAUCGCACCGCUGCCGAUCUCGACACCACCGCCGGCAGUGAACACCGGCAUACGGAGUCGACGAGCUCCAUUGCCUCCGGCAGUGUCACCACCUUGUGAAGCAGCGUUGUCACCUCUUCAGUCGUGGACAUCGUCCUUCAUUCUCACGCCGGAGCACCUGCAGGCCGCCACCGACGCCCACGGCGCGUCCGACAUCGCCUUUACGUUGGAGGAGUUGGAAAACACGCUCUUCUCUCCCGUCGUCGAGGAGGCCGAGGGCGACGCACAGGCGACGAAGAGAGAGAUGCCAACGGGGUUGUUUGCCCCAUCGUCACCGCCGAUGGCUCCUACGAUGCCGUGUAGUGAAGCGCCACCUGCACGACCAGAACCCGUCCCAGCAGCACCAACAAUCGACACUGUCCACACAGCGGCGCCACCUUUGGCGCAGAGUGCCGCAUUGCCGACAUCGACUCUCGGCGACCCGACACCAGUCUUGCCUACGGCCAGCACAGCGGCUUUUCUGCCUUCGGCGGCAGACUCUGCCGCGACUUUCCCUCUCACCUCCUCUUCACCCGCAUCCUCUGAGCUCUGUUGCUCGCCAGAGAAGCUGUCUACCCGUGCGCUGCUCGCCACUCCCGUUCUCCGGUGCUGUCUACGCGGAUCAGCGGUCUAUGUGAGCAUGGUAAGACCCUUCCCGACUUCCCGUGAGUUGCUGGAGGCCCUUCACGAGGCGGUCUCGUUUAUCGAGUCGCUACCGACUCUGCCGCAGGGCCCGCGACUGGUGCGCCUGGGAGUGGAUUCGACAAGCGCAGCGUCCGCCUCGUGUGCCUUCCUGGAACCGGCGGGGUGGAUCGAAGUUACGUCCAGCAUGGAGGAGCGUUUGGCGGCGCAGCUUCUCAAAGAGCGGCUGCUGCAGCGUAUGACGGAGGGUCCCGUACGCGGGCUGCGGUACAUCGCGGAGCUGCGCGCAGUUGACGUGGAGGCGCCGCUGGUCGUCCGUGACACGGCGGCGGAGCUACUGCUGGCCUGCACCGCACACGAAAUUCGUCCCUGCGUGCGGCCCGGUGUGGUGGUGAACGGCAGCACCAAGGGUGCCGUGCGGCUUUCUUUUAGCGGAAUCGGCGUCGGUGUGUUCCCGGCGCCGUCGACCGUUCGGCGACUCGUGCAAGCGGUCACGGCGAUGUGCGACGAGGAGGCAGAGCGCACCUUUCUCCUAGAGGCGCUAGCCCGCGCAGGCGGACGCCCUGCCGGGCCAGUUACUGCUCCGCAGCCGCGUCUCCUUGUUGCGGAAGUUAUGCAGCACCUGCACGACCUGCCUCUUGCGGUUUCCGCAGCAUUGCUUAGGGGUUGCAUGAAUUCGCAUGGAAGUGCGAGGGAGGAAGCCGCGGGGGCAGCAGCGGAGGAUCCAGCUCACAUGGUGCACUGGUUUAAUGCAGCGAGGGCAACGGCGAGGCAAUGGUGGAAGUUGGUCCAGGAACGUCGGUACAGAAUGCUGUCGACGUGCAGCAAACGCCCUGUCGCCUGCUCCACGCGCGUGUCCUCCUGCUUCACCUCCAGCGAAGUGUGGAAGCGUUUGUGCGACAUGAUUCUCUCGCCCGCAGCCGAUGGCGUCUCCAUACACCAGGCUCUCUCCGACGCGAUGCAUUCUGCGCCUGUGCGGCGGUGCAGGCAGAACUACCUGACUGUGGCGUCGCCUGCUUUCGCACACACAGCCACCCCUGAUUCACCCCUGCCAGCCGUUGUCGUUGACGUCACUGCCUCCUCACUUCAGCGCACGUCCGUGGCGGACCUCGCAUGCGAGAUUUGCGAGCAGCCGGCGGACGUGGUCCUCGUGCUCUCCAAAGAUGUGCGACUCCAGCAGAAACUGCAUUUUCUCGCGUCACUGCACUUGACAGACAGUGGCUGUCACCACCGCGUCACCGUCUUGCUUCCCGGAGACCCGGCAGAGGUGGCCGAGUGCGUGUCUCUAACGCAGUCGUGUGCCCGCUUAGCACCGCAGCAGCCAUGCUACGAGGCGUGCCCGUCCACGCUGCACCCAUGUCACCCGCGCUGGCUGCAUCAGCUUAUCGAGGUGAGCAACGCUCGUUCCUCUGCAGCCGUCCCAGGCAGCUCGUCAGCGCCACAUGAUGCAGUGCCUGCAUCACUCGCUGAGCUCUACGCCGCGCACGCGUGGCGCCGCCCGUGUGUGACGACGCGUACAAGCAGUGUUGGGCUGGAGAUGUCCGCUGCCGUGGCCUUUUCGUGGCAGCGGCUCAUUGCGACUGCCACAAGGGCAGCCUCUAGGAGGGCACUUGUGGAGGAAUUUCAGCACACACAUCUCGCGCCGCUCGUGCUGCUGCGUCCGAACGCCAAGAACGACGACGGUGAUGACGCGACGCAGACUUGGUGGUCCGAAUAUGGCGAGUUGUCGACGACACAAAAGGAGGCAGCGACGUCGACCACCGUGCUGACGCUCAUGAAAAACAUGAAUGCCGCUUGGCCGGUCGCCUCCUCGACGUCUGGUCUCACGGCGCCUACCAAUCGUAGUAGCAGCUGCGUUGUCGAGUGCGGCGUUGCGUUUCUCUUUGUGCUCGACGUGGCAUGCCAAAGUUUGCUUCGUCGCGCCAUCGAAUCACCAGAUCAGCUCAACGUUCUCUCCGUCGCGGCUCUGGGACUGGACAGCUCUGCUGGUGGUCUCGUGGAGGUGGCGGACCGCGUUGCUGGCGACGGUGUGGAGACACUUGUCUUUGCCAUGGAGGAGAUGGCGGCGGUACACGGCGUCCGCUUUGCCUCGCUCGCGCUGCUGCGCUGGAUGGUGGAUAAUCGGCUUCUGUUUUAUCAGCUGACCCCACACACGAUUGACCGCUACAUCACAUACUCUCAGCACCGCGGCGUGUAG